AGGGUCAGGGCUUUCAUGAGAACGUGAGCUCCUAGAGGGUAGGGUCCAUUUCGUGCCCCAGCACCUGGCGCAGUGCCCAGUGUUUGCUGAGUGAUAGUUCACUUUGGGCCAGGCAACUAGCCAUUUUCCAGGCUGACCUGUGUUUGGGGUUCUGGGAGCUUCUCCUCUUUGGAAGGUUACUCCACCCCACCCUCCCAGUGCCAUCGGGAUGCCCGAAUAACUUUCUUUCUGGCUACCCGCUAAGCUACAGUUUUUGGUGCUACUGAAGAAGCGUGGAAAAGCACACUGGCAGCAGAGAAGGGCAAAUAAGCUGAAAGCUGGCAGCUCCGGGGGAGAGGCGAAGACACAACAAGUCCUAAGACUUAGAAGGGAGUAUCCUGGAGUGGGGGGGAAGGGGAGGAGAGGGGGGCAGGAGGGAGGAGGAAGAGGAGGAGGAAAGGAGGCCUGUCCCUUUAAGGGGGUUGGCUGUCAAUCAGCAAGCCCUUUUCUUUGCUGGAGAAGAGGACAAAGAUAUUCAGAGUGAAAAAGUAAAGGACGAGGAGGGAGAGGAAAGGAGAGAGCAGCCAGGAUUCUCCUCACUGAAACAAGCCAGCUAACCCACAGCGGGAUAAACAGCCAAGCCCAGUUGGAGUCCGGAGUCCCAAAGACAUGGGCUUGUUAGAGUGCUGUGCAAGAUGUAUGGUCGGGGCACCCUUUGCUUCCCUGGUGGCCACUGGGCUGUGUUUCUUUGGGGUAGCACUGUUCUGUGGCUGUGGACAUGAGGCACUCACUGGCACAGAGAAGUUGAUUGAGACCUACUUUUCCAAAAACUACCAAGACUAUGAAUAUCUCAUGAAUGUGAUCCAUGCCUUCCAGUAUGUUAUUUAUGGCACCGCUUCUUUCUUCUUCCUUUAUGGGGCCCUCCUUUUGGCUGAGGGCUUUUACACCACUGGUGCUGUCCGACAGAUUUUUGGCGACUACAAGACCACCAUCUGCGGCAAGGGCCUGAGCGCUACGGUAACAGGGGGCCCGAAGGGGAGGGGUUCCAGAGGCCAACAUCAAGCUCACUCUUUGGAGAGGGUGUGUCAUUGUUUGGGAAAAUGGCUAGGACAUCCCGACAAGUUCGUGGGCAUCACCUAUGCCCUGACAGUUGUCUGGCUGCUGGUGUUUGCUUGCUCUGCUGUGCCUGUCUACAUAUACUUCAACACCUGGACCACCUGCCAAUCCAUUGCCUUCCCCAGCAAGACCUCAGCCAGCAUAGGCAGUCUCUGUGCUGAUGCCAGGAUGUAUGGUGUCCUCCCCUGGAAUGCUUUCCCUGGAAAGGUGUGCGGCUCCAACCUUCUGUCCAUCUGUAAAACGGCCGAGUUCCAAAUGACCUUCCACCUGUUUAUUGCGGCCUUCAUCGGGGCUGCAGCCACCCUGGUUUCCCUGCUCACUUUCAUGAUCGCGGCCACAUACAACUUUGCUGUCCUGAAACUCAUGGGCCGAGGCACCAAGUUCUAAUCUCCAGGGCAGCACUUCCCUAGAAUUCCCUUUCUUUAUCUAACAGCCAGGCUCUAACCAGACAGCCAGGCAAUGCUGCAUCUCCCAUCUUAACUCUCUGCCUUCAGUGCUGACUGGCCCUCCUUGUGUAAUCAUAAUGUAUAACAAGAAAGGAGAGACUCAAUGCUGGAGGCCGUUCUCUAUCAUCUCCCUUCUGUACCUCUUUUUAAGCAUUGGGCUUUUCAACUCUUCCUGCUAGAAAUGGGAAAUGGCAAAGAAAGGGACUUCCUUUCUUAAAGAAGUGUGCAAUUUUUAAGCAUCUCCCAAGGACCAGGUGGUACCUUCUUCACCAAGGUCCGUCCAUUGAUGGGGAAGAAAGGAGAGGGAGGGGGAGAGGGGGACGGAGGGAGGAAAGGAAGGAGAGAGAGAGAGAGAGAGAGAGAGAGAGAGAGAGAGAGAGAGAGAGAUCGAUCACUUUUUCAUUACCCUACUUAGGGGCCAGUGAUCUUAUAAUAGACAGUGGAACACUCUCUUCUCUCUUCUUACUACUAUUUGAGAAGAUGGGGGGUGGGGACUAGGGAGGAUUGCCCCUGUAAACGUGAAAAUUUGCCCAAGCCUGCCUACUGUAACUGGGAGAAGAGGGUCAGAGCAAGGAUCUUUCAGCCAUGGAAGGAGAGCACUGACCCUGAUCUGAUGGAAUCUUUAAGCCUUAACUCAUCUAACCCUACUUAUAGCAUAAGGGAACAUGGUUUCUGUGCUGGUGAGGAGACCCCUGGCCUUACACACUGAUAGGGAAUGGAAACAUUAAGCUCUUAGCAUCUUAUCACUAAAUAACCGUGACGACAGAACAGCUACCAUGACAGCCCAGUAGUUUCUAAGAAGUAGAGACGAACACGAACACGAGUUUGUGUGAGAGAGAACGAUCCAAAGAUAGCAUUGGACUGACCAUAGAACCGAAGACAUCCCUCUGAUGGAUGCAGGCUGACUCUGGAUUCCAUGCCUCUGCAGGCCCUUCCCCCCAUUAACUAGCUGUGUCUGAUGCCCUCUAUUUGGUCAUGCCUUCACAAUGGUGCUCUUUUCCCAGGGUGCAGUUUGUUGUAGUAACUAGUCAGUAACAUGAAGAUCUUGAUUUGUUUCUGACCAGAGUAAAUGUCACAUUUCCCGAUUUUUCUCUCGUUCUUUGCAACUUUGGUCUCGAGCCCAAAGGAGCUGCAGGAUAAUUGCUUGACCAUUCAGGUUAUUUUUCUUUUGCGGGAAAAGGGCCUGAAACUGUCAUGGGUUCUAUUGAAAUAUGGCCAUCUCCGUGCAGAAUGCAAGGCCACAGGCGGGGUCUUGGGUCGAGAACAUUGCUAAACUGCCCUUUUGCUCCAUGCAAAACAAACCUCUAUUUAAAGAACCGACUUGGCCAUUCUUUCUAGCCAGGGAGGGAAGAUGUGAUUUAGUACUGUCCUUUGGUAUUUGAGAGAGAGAGAGAGAGAGAGAGAGAGAGAGAGAGAGAGAGAGGGAGGGAGGGAGGAAGGAAGGGGAGGGGGAGACAGGGAGCAGAGUCCAGCAGAACCUAAGGGCGUACUCUCCCCAAGGAGAAAAAGGACAGAGAGGAAGGCAUCUGGAAGCUGGGCAGCUGGCUCCUUCAUUUGCAUCUUCUCUUCUUUGUGUUUACUUGGUAAAGGACCCAUCUGGGGGUGCAAGAUUUCUUUCUUUCUUUCUUUUCCUUUCAAAGUCCCUUCAGCAGCAUUCAGGCACAUGUGAGGUCUUUUGAAAAGGACAAAAUAUUUCUUCAAACAAGAUUAGAUAAACUGUGUGGGGGAGGGAAGGGGAGGGGAGAGAUUUAGUAAGAAACCAAUCAAGAUCAAGAAAAGUAAAAGUAGUUAGUCUAGGCCUUGCGUUUUCUUUUGAUUUAACUUAAUAACCAACCUUUCCUCAACUUCCCUCCUAUUAUAUAUAUAUAUAUAUAUAUAUAUCUAGAUCUAGAUAGAUAGAAAGAUAAAUACCCCCCCACAUUUAUAUGCCCACACACAGUAUUUAAUCAACUGAGAGUAUCUUCUUCAUUGCUGAUUUAGAAUUUCAACUUUAACAUGCAUAAAGGAUAAAAUGUUUAGAGCCUUCUUACAAGACGAAUUUUAUAAAAUUAAAGAAAAUAAAUUAAAAUUAUUCUUGAUCAAACCAA